AAUAGCGGAAGUGUCCUUGCUUAACAAUGAGAUGAGCAGGAGAGGGGCAGGAAAGAGAGGGGGCAAAAAGUGAAAGAUCUGCCCCAAUCCCACACUGGACUUUUCACCAAACUGAUCUCUUCGACUAAGAUUAUUAUUAUUAUUUUUUUUUUGGGAAAACUUAUUUUAUUAAUCAGCUCCACUUGACUUUACAUGACCAUGGAAAUCGAGAAGGAAGUAAAAAAGAUGACCCUGGGCCAUGAGAUUGGAGCCGGAGCACCGUGUCUGAAAUGCAAGGACAAGUGCGAGGGCUUUGAUCUUCACUUCUGGAGAAAGAUCUGCCGCAACUGCAAGUGCGGGUUAGAGGAUCAUGACGUGCAGCUGCAGAUGGAAGAGAACCAGAAGGUGGGGCGGCUUUUCGAAGACACCAAGUACACGAGCCUCAUGGCCAAGCUGAAGAGAGACGGAGUGCCUUCGUACCAAGGCAGCCAGCUCACCAUAACCAUCAGCACGCCUGCUAUUGGUUCUGCGGUACCUGUUCCAGUGGCUGGUACUGCGGGUAUAGUGAGUCCUGCCUAUUCCCAAGGUGUCCCCGGCCACGGCGCCCCCUCUGUCCCCGGCCACGGCGCCCCCUCUGUCCCCGGCCACGACGCCCCCUCGGUCCCCGGCCACGGCGCCCCCUCGGUCCCCGGCCAGGGUGCUCCAUCUGCUGCAGGCCAAGGUUUCCCCUCUGUGCCCGGCGCCUCCUUUGCUGCAGGUCAAGGUAUCCCUUCCGCUGCCCCUGUUGCUGCUGCUGUCACUCCUCCUGCCGUGGCAGCCAAAAAAAAUGUGGUCAAAGCUGUCACCUACGAGUGGGCUCCUCCAGGGGUUGAUCAGAACUUGGCUCUGCGUUACAUGGAGCUGCUGCCACCGGAGCGGCGGCCCAUAGCAGGCACUCAGGGAGCUGAUUAUCGCAAGAAGCAGAUGGCCAAACAGCUACCAGAGCAUGACCAGGACCCGGAGCGCUGCCACGAGCUCUCACCCGCUGAGGUCAAACAAAUGCAGCAGUAUGUGCGCAAGUACAAGGACGAGGCUCUGGGCAUCGGAGACCUGACCCUCCCGGAGGAGCUCGGCUCUCACGCAGGACCCCUUCAGAGCCCUGGCACCGGAGGCAAGCCUGGAGCGCCAGGGGACCAGGGCACGGCCGCCGUGGGGAAGGUCGGGAUCCCGGGGGCAGUAGGGGCUGUAAGCGGGGCCGGUCCUGCUGGUAACUACGCGUGUCAUCACUGUCAGCGUGUCAUGAACCGUGGCGACCCGGCUGUUUACGCAGAACGCGCCGGCUACGACAAGCUGUGGCACCCGGGAUGCUUCGUCUGCUGCACCUGCAACGAGCUGCUGGUGGAUAUGAUCUACUUCUGGAAGAAGGGCAAGCUGUACUGCGGCCGGCAUUACGGAGACAGCGAGAAGCCCCGAUGUGCCGGCUGUGAUGAGCUCAUCUUCAGCAACGAGUACACUCAGGCUGAGGGACAGAACUGGCACCUGAAGCACUUCUGCUGUUUUGACUGUGACUGUGUCCUGGCUGGAGAAACCUACGUCAUGGAGAACGACAAGCCGGUGUGCCAACCCUGCUACAUGAAGAACCACGCUGUGCACUGCACGUUGUGUAAGAAGCCGAUCGAGCCCGAGGCGCAGCGCGUGUCCUACGGCGAGCACCACUGGCACGCCGAGCCUCAGUGUUUUCAGUGCUUGGGCUGCUCCAAGUGCCUGGUGGGUCAGCGCUUCAUGGCCCUGCAGGGGAAACUGCUCUGCUCCGUCGAGUGCAAGAAGAAGGUCAUGGCGUCUUAGAGAACGACUCCAGAGCUGCACGACCAAGUCCUCACUUCAUAACCACUCCGUUUAUAACCACUGGCUUCCCCUUUAACUAUGUUUCAGGUUGUUUUCAGCAAGCACUUCUUCUUCUUCUUCUUCUUGUUUUUUCUUCUUUCUUUUAGUUCUACAUUGAAUAAGAACGUUAAUAUUCACACAAGUUCUUCAAAGCCAUGCACGGUUUUGCAUACGGCAGCCUGCAGGUAGGCAGCGAUACAGUAAAUGUAAAUCAGCUGACAGAGACAGAUCGCCUUCUGUAACAGCCCGAGUCUCCGCCCACACACUGUACAACACACGUCUCCGUCCUGCUGCUGUCUUACGACCCAACCCAGUAUUACACCAAUUCUAAACCUUCCAGACUUUUUACGAUGACUAAAAUCGCACUUUAUUUCGAUUUUUUUUCACUGUCCUGGCUUUGUAAUAUAAUAAAUAACUUGCAAAAGAAA